AAUUUUGUUGGUUUGUGGUUUAAAGAGGAAAUGUCAUUUAGUGUUAGUUCAUAAAAUAAUCGUGUGUAGCGUUAGUGGUGGUUUCUAAAAAACGAGAGAGAGAGAGAAGUUUUUAAAAUCAAUGUUUCUCUCUGUUUACUAUUGAGGUUACCAUGACAACGGAAUAUCACAACACAAUCACAACACGUCAACACGUGAAUUUAUUUAUUUUAUUUAGUGAAGUGUUUAUAUAAAAAAAGUUUAUCAAGUGAUUUAUUUAAUUAUUAUAAGACAAAAUUAAUUGAACAAUUUAAAAAUGACGGCAGAUUUAAAAUUAGUUGUCAAUGAGUUGAAUAAAUUAUUUAAGAAAAAUUUUUCAUUAACAUCUUUUAAGGCUUUGAAAUCAAUUGAUUUAUUACAAGUGUUGAAUGAUGUUUUGUCAGAAACAACAGAAACUCCAAAAGUUGAUAUGCGAGAUGAGAGUCUGGAUGUAUCAACAGUACGAAUUUUAUCAAUUCUUAGAAUAUUAAAAUAUCAACCAAAUAAAGAUCCAACAUUAUUCAGACAGAGAAUUGUUAAAGGUGAUCAAGAGACAAUUUAUGAAAUUUUAAAAUGGUUAUUUGCAAAUCGAGAAAUGAUCAAGCAAAGAUCAUAUCUAUCAAGAUUUUUAGUCAAGGUUGAUGUACCACCUGAAUUUUUAUCAGAUCCAGAAACAUUAGCACUGUAUGAACGUUAUCAAGGACUCAUAGAGGAUUUUAAAAUGGCUCAUAAAGAACGUGAAGCUGGAAAAAAAGGUGGUGAAGCAGCAGCUGAAUUAAAAUCAGAUCUUAAAGAUAUGGAAAAAGAACGUGAAGUUAUUUUGGAUAGAGUUGAUAAAAUUAAAUCAAGAGCAGAAUCAAAUUUACAUUUACUUCAAGCAGCUCAUGAAUUACGAGUUGAACGUGAUAGAGAUCAUGAAUUAUCAAUGCAAAAAAUACAAGAAAAAGAAACAUUAUCAUCACUUCAGUUAUCAAUUCAACGAACUGAGAGAAAACUUGAAAUUUUAAAAGAAGCAAGUGUUGAAUUAUCAUCAGAACUUCUUGAGCAACGUUUAAAUGAAGAAGUUAUGAUAUUAACAGCAGUAAGACAUGAACGUUUACCAGCUGAAUUAACAUCAUUAAAAUCUCGUGUUGAUGCAUUAAAAUCAGUAUGUAAUUCAAAUUAUGUUGGUCCAGAUGAAAUAAUUAAAUUACGUCAAAAACUUGAUGCAGCAGCACGUGAAGUACAAGCACUUGCUGAAGAAACAAUUAAUCAAGAUGGUGUUGAAAAAAUGGCACCAUUUCGUCAGCAAGCAGCUGCAAUAUCAAGUUGUAAAAAAAAUACAUUAGAACGUUUAGAUGAAACAGAAGCUUAUUUAACUAAUUUAAAAAAAAAAUUAGAAGAAAAAAAAGAACAACAAAAUGAUAAUUCAGUACCAAAAGGUGAAGAGUUAAAAAAAUAUGUUGCAAGAUUAAAAACAAAAAGUUUAUUAUAUAAAAAAUGUAGAGGUGAAUUGUCAGGACUUAAAGCAGAAGCAGGAGUAUUAAGUAGAACUUUAAGUAUAAUUGAAGGAAAAAUGGCAGGUAUAAAAGCAAAAGAAAGUGAUGAAAAAGCUGGUGGAUUACCUGAUGGAUUUACUGAGGGUACAGCUGUUAUGGCAAAUAUGAAAUUGAGCAAAGAAAUUGGUGAACUUAAAACUAGAGUAACAUCAAUAUUAACUGAAUUACAACCACUUAGACAACAAGCUCAGGAUAUUGAAGAAAGAUAUGACAGAGCAAAAAAAAGUCAUGAAUCAAUUGAAACAUCAGUGAGAGGUACAAUAACAAAUCUUUCAAAUGAAGUUGAAAGUCUUCAAUUACGUGUUGAUAAAGAUACUGAAGAAAUUAAAAGAUUAAAAAAUGAAAUUAUAAAAUUCAAAGAGGCACAAGAAAAAAUUCAACAAGAAAUUAGGUUUUAUGCAAACCCAGGUGUUGGACAAUCACUUAGAGAUAAACUAAGUGAAUCAAUAAGUGCAGAAGAAAAGAAACUAAAAGCACUAAAAGCUGAAGAAAAAAAUGUCAAGGAACAUGGGGAGGAAAAUAAAUAUCAAACUAAUCAAUGGAAUAAUCUUAUAUCAAUAUUUGAAAGUAAACUGCAGCAAUUGGAGGAGAACAAACGACGAGAUGGAAUUGUCGUUCGUAAAGAAGGUGCUGAAACUUUGAUACUGCAAUAGAUACUUUGAGUACAUAUUAU